AGAGAGAGAGAGAGAGCGAGAGAUGGAGGGGUUGGGUUCAAGCUUCAUAAAAAAGUGAUCCAUUUUGUACCAUCCUACUGUAGUAAAACCUUGGUAGUGCUGGACCUAAAGGGUUCCUAGACGGGACAAAGGCAGAUGGCUACCUGCUUUACUGCAGAAACACUACAACUGAUAGGGAAGAGGAGAGAAGAAAGGAGGGCGACGACACUGGACAGAUAGAGAGAACACCAGAGAAAGGAGGAAGAGAGGAGAGGAGGACAUAGAGAGAAGAAGAGGUGGAGGAUGAGGAGCAGAGCAGAGCGCAGCACCGGAGUACGUGACAGUCAGGGUAUGUGGUCUCACAGCGCUGGUUUCCUGCUCUACUCUGCACUUCACUUCACUUCACACUGGGGGGAGGAUGAGGUCUGAGGGUUCUGACGGCUGCUAACAGCUGACAAGGGAGUGGUUGGGGGAGGCGUGAGAGACCAUCUCAAGGCACACAGAGAAAGAGGAAGAGAGAGGAGGAAAGAGAGCGAGGGAGUGAGAGAAGGGAGGAGAGCUCAGUGUAACAGACUCAUACUUUUGAGCAAAAGAGACAAAGAAAGAAAAAAGGUGUGUAGGAGAGGAACCAGAGUCCCAACACUACCCCACUGAACCUGACAACCAAGGGACAGUAGGACCAGGGGCUGUUAAAGGAUAUGUAACAACACACACAUUCUGGACAGUGGACAGUGAAACUACAGCUGCAGAGUCUCUGACAUGGAGGGAAUCUGGAUGACCCUCUGUAAUCUAGAUGACGGUGCCCUGCGCCUCCCCCUGGUCUUCUUCUACUCCCUCUUCUUCCUCCUGGGUCUGGUAGGUAAUCUCCUGGCCCUGUGGGUCUUCGUCUUCCUCCACUCCAGGAGGAACUCUGUCCGGGUGUUCCUCAUCAACGUGGCCAUAGCUGACCUGGUGCUCCUGGCCUGCCUUCCCUUCAGAGUCCUCUACCAUGCUAAUGGCAACCGCUGGAUCCUCGGCCCCCUGGUCUGUAAAGUGGUGGGCAACCUGUUCUACAUGAACAUGUAUAUUAGUAUCACUCUGUUGGGGUUCAUCAGUCUGGAUAGGUAUGUGAAGCUGAAGGGACGCGGCGGGGCGGAGCGGGGCCUGGCCAGGAGGCUGAGAGGCGGGGGAUGGAGCUGGGUGGCCUGCGGGGCGCUCUGGGGGCUGUCCCUGGCGGCGGCCGUGCCCAUGAUCGCCAUGUCGGAGGGAAACGAGGAACGUGGGAAGUGUUUCCAGUAUAAGCAGCGGCGUGGGGCGAAGGGGAAGGCUUACUUCAACAUGGCUCUGGUACUGCUGUUCUGGGGGGUGUUCUGCCUGCUGGUGGUGUCCUAUGGGAAGAUAGCCAUGCGCCUCCUCAAGGUGUCCAGGGACAAACCGGACCUCCCCAACGCGCACCGCUAUGGUAGCACCGCCAGGAAGUCCUUCUUCGUGCUCUUCCUGUUCACCGUCUGCUUCGGGCCCUACCACGCCUUCCGCCCAUUCUAUGUCCUCUCCCAGCUCAGCCAAUCCCCAUCCUGCGACUACUUGCGCCUGGUGGACAGGACCAAUGAGGUCAUGUUGUUGUUCUCUGCCUUCAACACCGUCCUGGACCCUGUGAUGUACUUCCUGUUGUCGGGCUCGGUGCGUAAGGCCGCCGUGAAAGCCCUCGGACAGAGCCUCGGCAAGCGGCUCCACAUCCUUAACGACGGGACCUCCAACAGCUCGGUAUCAGAGUUCAGACGGACCUCUCUAUCCGUCACCUCCCCCAACACCGUCAUUAACCCCUCCCACGAGCCCAGGACCAGCCUCUGUCUGAUUAGCCCCACCCUCCGCCCUGGCGCAGCCAUAGUGGCAAAGCAGUGACUUUACAGACUUCAUUGUUAAACUUCAUGGACUUUAGCUCUAUUUACAUUAUAAUGUAUACCAUGUACUCAACAACUGAUGCAUCUGACAAGGGCCAACGCCUUGAACUAGACUCAGUUACCAAGAAUGGAGCUGACCAGAUGUCCUGAAUCAAAGUGAUAUACACUACCGUUAAAAAGUUUGGGGUCACUUAGAAAUGUCCUUGUUUUUGAAAGAAAAACACUUUUUUUUGUCCAUUAAAAUAACAUCAAAUUGAUCAGAAAUACAG